UGACGUCACGUUACCAUGGAGCUAAAAAAUGCAGUUCUAAACAAAAUGUCUUAUGCGAGCGCUUUGGACACGCUUCUUUUGUUUUGAAUGUCUAAAGCUUUAAUUAUCCUGUGUAAUCCCACAAAAGACAAUAAAAAAAACAGGAAUGGUUAAAGGGUCAUCCAAGGGAUCAACUUUUGUUUAAGAAGUGUAAAGGACGCGGGUCAAACGGGCAAAAUGGUUUACUGUUUUGCUCCUACAUGUCGCCAUUCGUCGGAGGGCAACACUUGCAAGUUCUUCGCUUUUUCAAGCGCUACAAAGCAGAACGAAGAGUACAAGAGAUGGAUUCGACUCAUAAGAAGAGAAGAUCGAGAGCCCAGCAAGUACUCAAGAGUAUGUAGCUGCCAUUUUAGGAAUGGCCAGAAAGCCAAUGGUCCUGAAGUGUUUGAACGCAAUAAGCAUAAGUUAUUUACUGAACAAAGGGGUCCACCGCCAAAGAAAAUAAAGAAGACUGAAUCAAAGGUAGAGUCUCUUUCACAGAUGAUAGAAUUUGCCCGAAAAAAUGAACAGCCAUUAGUAGCUGACACAGAAGAAAACCUGCAAACAACACAGGAGAUGAUCCUGGAAGCAGAGCUUGACUUUGCCAACAGGGAGCUAAAGGAACUUAACCAAACUGUCCAGUAUAAGAGGAACAAGUACACUGUGUCUGCGCUUGGGGAAGAUGUAAUACGAAUGGAGACAGGUCUUCCAACCAAAGAAGUCUUUAAUAUUGUUAAAAAGCAUGCUCUUAGAUUUAAAGAUAGCGUGAACUAUUUUGCUGGAUGGAAGGUAGAAUCUAUCAAUUUUGAGGAUCAAAUUUUUAUCACUAUAAUGAAACUUCGACAGAACUACACACAGCUUCACCUAGCCCAAUUGUUUCAUUGUAGUGUGGCCACAAUUUCUAACAUCGUUAUAACAUUCACUCAUGUUUUGCAUGAAAUUUUGUUUGACGACCUAAUGACGUCGAUUCUAUCCCGGGAAAAAAACAAGAUCUCUGCACCCUCCUCUUUCAGGCAAUUUGAAUCAUGUCGGAUUGUUAUAGACUGCACAGAUAUUGAGGUUGCUGCACCGGGAUUGAUGAGCUCUAUUUCAGACAAGGCCAUUGUUCAACAGUCUGGACUCCUUAAUCACUUGACAGCUGGAGAUAUGAUUCUGGCAGACAAGGGUUUCCUUAUCCAGGAUGUUGUACCACAUGGUGUCUGUGUCAAGAUCCCACCUUUUCUUAAUAAUGGAACUUUCACAGAGAGUGAGGUCGAGAAAACAAAAGCCUACGACAUUUACUAG